AUGGCGUAUCUUUAUCGUGCACCGAAUAAUAAAGGCAUCGAACAGAUAGAUCGAAUUCGAAUACUUUGUAUACCGAUGAAAAUUGCUCAUUUAAUUGGACAAAUAGUGGAAUUUUUCGGUGUAUCUGAUCGUGUGAUGGUACUACGAAAAGUAAUCGAUUUUGCCGCAUUGUUACAGAAUAAGAAAGUUGUUGAUGCUAAUCUUCAAGUCAAAGAUACAUUGAUUGAAAACGUACAUGUUCGAAUCGUUCGACCAUUGAAUGAUAAUAGUUCAUUGCCUGUUCUUAUUUACUUUCAUGGUGGCGGUUUUUACAUGGGUUCAGUUGAUACGUACAAUACACUGACGAGCACAUUGUCACGAUCAGCAAAUAUUGUUGUUGUUUCUGUUAAUUAUCGCCUUGCACCCGAACAUCCAUUGCCUGCUGGUCUGAAUGAUUGUUAUACCGUCGCGAAAUAUCUUCUCGAGUAUAAGCAAUCAAAAGACUUACAUAUCGAUCCAACACGAGUGAUUAUAGCUGGAGACUCUGCUGGUGGUAGUCUUGCUGCUAUCAUAACGAUGCGACUAGUGACACAUCCGGUUAGCAAAUAUCUACCUCGUCUCCAAGUUUUGAUUUAUCCAUCUCUACAAUUUUUCGAUAUGAUGCUUCCAUCUUAUCGACAGCAACAUUUUACUUUUCUACACUAUACUUCUUCGCAUAAACUAUCAGUCUAUUUGAAUGAUAGUAUCGACGAAACACUGUAUUUCAAUCAGCAUACCAGUCUCGAACAAAAACGAUGGUAUCGCAAAUAUGUUGAUUGGUCACUGAUUCCAAUAGAAUAUCGAACGAUUUAUACAAAUCCAAUAAUGGAUGGUCAAGAGGGUGACUUCAAACUUAUCGAAAAGAUGAAAAGAGCUCUCGAACCGGACGUUUCACCACUGCUUGUAGAUAAUGAGCAGUUAGCAAAGUUACCAUCGACUUAUAUCAUCACCGUUGGGCACGAUCGGCUUCGUGACGAAGGAUUCAUUUAUGCUCGUCGCGUCAAACGCACGGGUGUUGACGUUACUCACAAACAUUACGAAAAUACAUUUCAUGGCUCAAUAACAUUUCUCUAUGGAUCAUUGGGAUUGAAUAUCGCUCGAGAAAUGGUUGAUGAUAUCGUUCAACAUAUGAAACGAAUUCUGUGA